ACCACCAGAGCAAUGUAAAAAAAAAAAAAAAAAAAGAGAAUGCACAAAACAAACAGUGCUAUGAAAUAAGCUAUUGCCCAAGAAAACAGCAAAAAAACGGUUGCACUAAACAAAUAGCGCUAAGAAUUCAGCAAAAGCCCGCGAAACAGGAAAAAAAAGAACAAUGGUCCAUGAAAAGCACAAAAAAAAAACAGAUGCACAAAACAAACAGUGCCAAGAACAAAGCAAAAGCCCCAGUAAAGCUUACGUCGCAAACAAAAAAAACGAAGAAAAUCCUGGCAAACGAUUUGGAAAAAAAAGGGGAACGGAAGACGGCACAAAAAAAAUAGAUCCUAAAGUAGUGUAGAAAAUGACAGAAUAGCAAAAAGCACACACACACAAAAAAAAAAAGAAGAAACCAUUUGAGUUAGUAUCGUUUUGAAAAUAACUAGAAUUAAAUAGUAAAACAAAAAAAAAUAAAUAGAAUAAAGAGUGGUCCGCUUACUCUAUUUACAGAAAAAAAGUAUACAAGAAACCGAAAGCUAGGCAGAUCCCUUACGCUCCAGCUAAACCACGCAAGUACAACAAAAGGCAAAGCAAGGUUAUCGAUGUCUUGAACAAAGAACUGGAAGCAGGCAAGGUGCUAAUUGCAGAGCUUCAGCAGCGCCUCAAAGUUCACGAAGAAAGGGAAGCACUCCAAAACCGUUUUGAUCAACCACAGUCACAAUCAGAGAUGAGUGAGGAUGGUACCAUGUCAUUCGAGCGCGCACUAGGUCCCUCUAGCACUCGACGUCCAGUAACUCGUACUUCAUUUGAGGAAUCGAAGUUUAUGACGUCAGUCAACCAAUUGUCGGUUUCGUCGUUACACGUUCCGGAGUGCAAGCCCAUGGAGGGGGAUGAGGAGAUCUACAGGUACGCAUACGAGUCUUGGAGAGAACUGCUUGAGGACACAAUGCGCUUGGCUGGAGUGGAAGAUGAAGCCACCAAGUUUACUAUCUUCAAAAUUAAAGCAGGACCUCGUUUACUCCAAAUUUUCCGCAACACAAAAUCAAACAUCGACUCCCCGGACCCUACAGUUAAACCAUACGAAAAUGCGAUCCAUAGAUUGAAAAUGUAUUAUGGAUCCGGGUCUGACGUCAUGUUGCAGCGUCGAAAAUUAUCGCUCAUGAAGCAGAAACCAGACGAGUCCAGUUUGGCAUUCAUUUCUCGAGUUGGAGAUACUGCCCGCUUAUGCGAAUUCGGAGAGGAGAAGGAGUUUGAGGAAAUAGUUGGAGCCAUCGCAGAGCAUGCUACUUGUCGCGAUGUCCGCGUAGCGGCUUUGAAGAUGCUGAGUCGCAAGGGAACGUUUGCCCAGUUGGUAGAUAAAGUGCGGGAAUUGGAAGCGAUUCGUAUCAACGAGGAAUUCUUUAAACAAAACAACAAACCAGAAACUGCUUUGGUCGCAGCUGUAACUGCAGAUUACCCUCUGAGAGACCGACUACCAUAUUCACGUGCAAAUAAUAGACAAGGAAGAUUCCAGCACAUCAACUCACGCAGAACGGAAAACCGUUUCAAUCCGAUUCGAAGUGACCACUCAUCAGCUGGCAGGAUGCCCAACCGGCGAGGCCCAACCGGCGAGGCCCAAUCGGCGGCUUUGGAAACACCCCUGAGAGGUGCUGGAGAUGCACUAGUAUCUUCCAUCAAGCAUCGGAAUGCAGUGCAGUAGAUAAGAUGUGCUUGGACUGUGGCAGGAUGGGGCACAUCCGUAGAGCAUGUAAAAGCUUUGUUCGUCCUCGAGGAUUCAAGCAGACCGAUCACGAGAUGAGAUCUCCCGAAAUACGGCCAGCGACAAUCAACGCCGUAGAAAAGGUGGAGUGCGAUGCGGAUCGUGCAGAAACGACGUAUCGGACGGUUGAUAGUACCGACAUCAUGACACUGUACCAGCUGAGUGUUCACGGAGAAGAAGGUAUCAUUUCUGCAAGAGUCGCAGGAAUGCCUUGUGAUUUUUUGAUCGACUCUGGGGCGCAGGUGAA